AUGUAUUUAGAUAAGAGGAUCGAAAGUUAUUUCUAUAAUACAGGUCAUAUUAUUGGAAAGGGUAGUUUUGGAUGUGUUUAUAAGGGAAUUGAUCAAAACACUUAAAAAGAAGUAGCUAUAAAAAUUGUCAAGAAGGCAAAGUCUUAAGAGUAUUACAAAUAAUUUAUUACUUUUAGAGAAGCAUAUUCUUAGAAGACUUUUAUAAAUGAAAUGACAAUUUUAAAAAAACUUCGUUCCAAAAAUAUAGUUAGAUUGGUGGAUGUAUGUGAAAGCUAGUCAAAUUAUUACUUAGUAUAAGAGCUUUGUAAAUAGGGAGAUUUGAAAAGAAUUUUAAAACAAAAAUAGCUUGAAGAAUAAGAAGCAAUUAAAAUUCUACACGAUAUUCUCUCUGGAUACUAAAUUUUAUUAAAAAAAGAGAUAGUACAUAGAGACAUCAAACCAGCAAACAUACUAAAUUGCAAUGGAAUAUUUAAACUAGGAGAUUUUGGAUUGGCAACUUAAUUGUCAUAAUAGAUGAUGUUGAAUUCACGAGUUGGGACACCUUUAUAUAUGAGUCCAUAAGUAUAAUUAAAUAGUAAUUAUACUAAUAAAUGUGAUAUAUGGUCGAUUGGUAUUUUGUUUUAUGAAUGCUUAUAUGGAAAAAGUAAUUUAUUUUUUAAUCAAUAGCUCCUUGGUUUCAUGAAAAAUCUUCAAAACUAUUGAAAAAUAUUUAUGAAUAACCUCUUUCGUUUCCAUCUACACCAUUCGUUAGUAAUAUAAGCAAAUCAUUUAUAAAAAAAUGUUUAGAAAUAAAUGAAUCAGACAGAAUAGAUUGGAUAGAUAUUUACAAUCAUAACAUAUUUCGAUAAAAUCCUUUUAAAAUUUAAGGAUGUAAUCCUCAAUAAAUUAUCACAAAGAUAAGAAAUAUAAUUAAAACAAGAGAAUUAGACAUAAAUUAAUUAAUUUAAAAUAUUACACAGCAAAAGAUAUUGAAAAUUAGUGAUCUAAAAGUAUUUUUAUAAUCUAUCGAUAAACAAUUCAAAUUAGAAGAUGCUGAAUCAGUUUUUGAUAAAUUGAACAAUUAAAAUGAAGAUUCUAUUUCUUUUGAAUGUUUAUUGUUAUGGUUCUAUUAAAAUGAUGUAAAUAUAUUUAAUAUUAUAUUAUAGAUUAUUUAAUCUAAAAACUAAGAUGAUAUUUCGGCUCCUUUAAAUCUAUAAGAACAAUCUAUAGUAAACAAUUUGCUAGAUUGUUUAAUUAAUCAUAUAAGGUUCAAUUCGAUUUCAAUAAUUUAAAUAUUGAAAGAAGUAUUUUUUUAUAAUUAUCAUUUAGUUGAACGUUUAUUAAAAUGAAGCAAUUCAAUUUCGUAAAUUUGAACAGAUAUUGUUAAAAAUUAAUUUUUAAUUGUCCAAAACUGAUCUAACUCUUCUAUUUAGAAAAUUUUAUGAUGAAAAAUCAGGAUUCAUAAAAAUAUAAGACAUCUUAAAAGUUUUUUACGAAGAAUCAGAAUUAGAUGAUACUGAUGAUGAAUUUUCAGCUUCACCAGUUCAAAUACCAAUAAAAGGACCUGGUUUAAAAUUGUAAUCUUUUAAGAAUUUAGAAAGAUUAUCUUGA